ACGUAGCUGUUAAAUGUCAUUGCGUUGCUAUUUUUGAUUAUUUCAUCAGUAUUUCAAUAAAUCCAACAUAUGUCUCGGCACACAUCAUUAUAAUUAAAUUAUUAGUUUCAUUUCCAUUAAUUUAUUUUACUGGCGUCAAUAUGACGGUAUCAAACGACGAAUUAGUUGAAUCUUUUAAAGCUUUAGGUUUAAGUGAACAAAAGGCGAAAGAAACGUUAAAAAAUACAGUUGUUACGAAAAAUUUAACAUUAGCAUUACAUGAGGUGAGGGGCAUUAUUUUGCCCCAAGGAGCUGGUUCUUUAAUCUAUUAUGUGGCAACAAAAAUCAAACCACAGAUUAUAGAUCAAUUGCCUGUACUUGUAAAAUAUAUAUCAACAUCAAAAUUAGACACAACAGUUAGAGUUGAUGCGGCCUUGCAAUUUAUGUUGUCUCAUUUAAAUGGAUAUCAAAUCGAUGAAUUUGAGAAGGCUUGUGGAAUUGGUGUUGUUGUUACACCUGAACAAAUUGAAAAAGCAGUAAAUGAGGCUAUGUUGGAACAUAAAGAGGCAAUUCUUGAGAAACGAUACAGAUACAACACUGGUCCUUUGAUGCAAAGUGUAAGGAGUUCUUUACCCUGGGCAGAUGGUCGGGCUAUAAAAUGUGAAGUGGACUUACAGGUUUUUGACUUAUUGGGGCCAAAAACUGAUGCCGAUUUAGCACCUUUGCCAAAAGUUGAAAAGAAAGUUAAAGUAUCAGCACCAGUUGCAGAUAAAAAAUCAGAGCAGAAAAAGGUAACUAAGGAAGUUGAUCAAGCAAGUCUUGGUGCCAAUAGUAUUUCUGAAUUGAUGAAGACAAAAGUGCAUUUUCAUGCUCCUGGUGAAAACUAUAAGACUGAUGGUUAUGUAGUUACUCCCCAUACUCAUGAACUUUUAAAAAAGCAUUUAGAAGAAACUGGAGGAAGGGUUCAAACUCGUUUUCCACCAGAACCUAAUGGUAUUUUACACAUUGGACAUGCCAAAGCUAUCAAUAUUAACUUUGGAUAUGCUGCUGCACAUAAGGGUUUAUGUAAUUUGAGGUAUGAUGACACAAAUCCAGAAAAGGAAGAAGAGAAAUUCUUUACGGGCAUAAAAGAUAUGGUGGAAUGGCUGGGUUACAAGCCAGAUAAAAUAACACACUCUUCAGAUAAUUUUGACCAAUUGUAUAAUUGGGCAGUAGAGUUGAUAAAAAAGGAUUUGGCUUAUGUUUGUCAUCAAAAAGCUGAUGAAAUGAAAGGUUUCAAUGUAGAGCAAUCUCCAUGGCGGAACCGACCAAUAGAAGAAUCUCUUCAGUUAUUUGAGGAUAUGAAAAAUGGUAAAAUUGAGGAAGGGCUAGCAACACUCAGGAUGAAAACGGUUUUAGAAGAAGGAAAAGUAGAUCCUGUUGCCUACAGAAUUAAAUUUUUACCUCACCCGAGAACUGGUACCAAAUGGUGCAUAUACCCCACUUACGAUUACACUCACUGUCUUUGUGAUAGCAUAGAAAACAUUACUCAUUCAUUGUGUACAAAAGAGUUUCAAUCAAGAAGGUCAUCGUAUUAUUGGCUCUGCAAUGCUUUGAAUAUUUAUUGCCCAGUACAAUGGGAGUAUGGAAGGUUAUCAGUGGAUUAUACUGUUGUAUCCAAAAGAAAAAUUGCCAAGCUCAUUUCAGAGAAGAUUGUCAAUGAUUGGGAUGAUCCUCGUCUCUUUACAUUAACUGCACUACGUAGAAGGGGUUUUCCUGCAGAAGCUGUCAAUAUGUUUUGCGCUCAAAUGGGUGUGUCAGGAGCCCAAGGCUCUGUGCAUCCAGCAAUGUUAGAAGCUUGUGUUAGGGAUGUUUUAAAUAAUACAGCUCCAAGGACAAUGGUAGUACUUGAACCCCUAAAAUUAAUAUUGGAGAAUUAUCCAUACAAUGAACCACAAACCUUAAGUGUGCCCGAUUUUCCUGGUGACACCAAAGGGAAUCAUAAUAUAUUAUUCGAUAAAGAAGUUUACAUAGAAGCUACUGAUUUUACCGAGACGCCUGACAAGGGUUAUAGACGUUUAACACCAAAUCAGGCAGUUGGAUUGAGAUAUGCUGGUUUUGUAAUUGCAGUCAAAGAGGUUAAGAAAGAUUCAACGGGAAAAGUGUAUGAAGUAGUUUGCACAUGUGAAAAAUCGGAAACUGCCUCUAAACCUAAAGCUUUUAUUCAUUGGGUAUCCCAUCCAGUAAAUGUUACUGUACGACUCUAUGAAAUGCUAUUCAAACAUCGCAAUCCAGAAGAAGUACCUGGAGGUUUUUUGACUGAUUGUCGAGAAGAUACUUUAAAAGAAAUUCAAGCAAUGGGUGAUGCAAGCAUCAAAUCUGCGAAAGUUUAUGAUAAAUAUCAGUUUGAAAGAGUUGGAUUUUUCUCAGUUGACCCAGAUACCACUGAGUCAACGCUAAUUUUCAAUCGCACUGUUUCGUUAAAAGAAGAUUCUGGUAAACAAUGAUAAUUUAUAAAAGUUGAAUUUUAAUAAAUUAUUUGCAAAAGA